UUCACUUUCACUUGCUAGUCUUUUGAAGAAAGAGAGAUAUAACUUCAAUUCAGUUUACUAUGCAUUGAUGAAACACGUACAAUUACAGUUCUUAACACUCUCUGCAUCAUGAAAUCUAUGAUAAAAAAUUUCAAAAAUUUCAACUUUUCAGGUUGAUACUUCUAUGCCCCAAAAAAAAUCAAAAAAUAAAAUAAAAAUCCCAAUUUUUCAUAAACACAAAUAUAGUCACCAAAUCUCAGCCACUGAGAAAACCCGCCUUCUGGGAUCACGGCCAAGAGCGUAAAGGAACAAUUUUUUGGGGCUAAAUUGUAGUGGGGUUCCUCUGAUUUUUUAAUUUUUUUUUAAUUUUUUUUAUUGAGUAUGCAUAGAUCUGGAGCUGCCAUGGCUUGGAACGUGUUCAAGUUCUGCACUGCACUGCGAGGACUGGGCUCGAUUAUGAUACUAUUGGUUCUUGGGGUUGUGGGUGUUACUUAUUAUGCUGUUGUGUUGACUAAUUAUGGACCUGCUCUGUUACUUGGUGGCCUUGAUUCUCUGACUUCCUUGGCAGUGUUAAUCUUCUUUCAUUGUUUGUUGGUUAUGUUAUUGUGGAGUUACUUUGCUGUUGUGUUUACGGAUCCUGGUAUUGUUCCUCCUAACUGGAGUCCUGCUGUUGAUGAGGAGAGAGGAGAGGCUGAUCCAUUAAAUGAGUUAGAAUUAAGUAAUUUGCAGUCUGAUCCUUCAAAUCAACGGAUUCGAUACUGUCGAAAAUGCAAUCAGCUCAAGCCAGCUCGAUGUCAUCAUUGUUCUGUUUGUGGACGUUGUGUGCUGAAGAUGGACCACCAUUGUGUCUGGGUAGUUAACUGUGUUGGGGCUCUAAAUUACAAGUAUUUCCUUCUUUUCUUGUUCUACACUUUUCUUGAGACCACUCUUGUGACUAUAUCAUUACUGCCACAUUUCAAAACAUUCUUUAGUGAUGGAGAAAUUCCCGGAACACCUGGCACCCUUGCCACAACCCUUCUUGCUUUUGCUGCAGUUCUGAACCUAGCCUUUUCCUUGAGUGUCUUGGGAUUUCUUGUCAUGCACAUAUCAUUGGUGGCGGCUAAUACAACCACUAUUGAGGCAUACGAGAAGAAAACUACUCCCAAAUGGCGUUAUGACCUUGGUCAAAGAAAGAAUUUUGAACAGGUUUUUGGGAUGGACAAGAGAUACUGGUUCAUCCCUGCUUAUUCAGAAGAAGAUAUACGAAGAAUACCAGCUCUUCAGGGUCUUGAGUAUCCAUCAAAACCUGACUUCGACUCCCAGUAGUUCAGAGAGCUAUUAUUGCUACAUCAGGAUAAACUGCUUUGACCAUUGUAACAGAAAACAUGGAGCCUCCAAAACCCUCUAUUUUCAGUCUCUAGGGGAAUCUAUAGCAUGUAAGUAAUCUAUGCUCCCAGUGUUGUUGUUUUUUUUUUUUUUUUGAGAGGGGUGCUUGUACCAAGUUCAAAUGAAGGCGAGUAAUGAAGCUUUGACCAGUUAAUGUGUUCAAAUUCCUGAUCAGGGUUAGGAAUUGUAGGAUAAGGAAUUUUCUCCUAUUAAACCUUCACUGGUCAUACAUACACUGAUGUUUCUAUGAAUGAUUGUUGAUUGAAGUUUUGCAAUUAACUUU